GUGCUUUCAGAUGUGAAUCCCCUGUCAAAUAAAGUCAUAUGAAACAAAUUGUUGGAUAAACUCCUGGAAGACUUAACAUGGCAAAUUUACCCAAUCUUCGAAGGCUUUUUGUUGAAGCAAGAACGGAUGCCGAAGAGAGCACGUAUUCAAGGAAUGCUUUCUACAACAUAGUCUUAUUCAUAUCCUCCAUUGCAGUAUUCAGUGUUAUUGCACAGCGUGUCAGCAAAGUUCAGACCUAAUCACUAGCGAUGGAAUGCUCUAUCCAGGCAACUGGAAAGAGAUGCCAACAAUUUGCUGUA